UGAACCCCGAGGUGCUAUGCCAGUGGAACCGUCAUGCUGUACGUUCGUGGUGUCCGUAAUCAUUGGCCUGGGAUGGGUCGUUGGUGCUGUGAUGGCCUUGACGUAUCUUAGUGACGCAGACGGACUCUUCGUAUUAGUUGUGAUGUCUGUCAUGUUCAUAUGUGGGGCGACGUUCUGGUACAUCUACAGGGAGCGUGGCGGCGAAGCGGACUUACCCGACCAGGACGACUCCUUGGAGGGCGAGGAGGCCGCGGAGCCGGAGGAGCGCCCUACGGCAGCCAGCGAGGAGCAGCGGGCUCGAAGACGCCCCUCCGCCCUACGAGACUGUGAUCCUCCUUCCUCCUUCGUAUGAGCAGCUCUACAGCAACGACCUCAUAUCGCCCGGUGACCUGACCAAAGCCAAGUCCAACACUCGCUUCUCGUGCCCUGACGUGGUGCCCGAGUCGUGACCUCUGACCCGGAGCGUCUUCGAAGUCGGGAAGAUGACGAGGGAGAGGGCCUCAGGUCGACCUCCGUUCUGCAGCGUCGUGGGUAGGGAUCUCGUCGUCGGGGAUGGGCGUCGUGGUGGCGUAUUGGCAGAAGGGCGCCGUGGAGAACAAUACCGUCCGUGUAAUCGCUCGUUUUCUUUUUAUAUAUAUCGUGGCAUUACUCUAGUCCUACUCUGGUCUUAUCAAAGUCAAACAGACGGCUUAAAUGAAGUACUUAAGUCUAUAGUAGGGAUGGGCAGCAGUGGAGUUCAUGGAGUGAAUGGUUGUAUUAGUUUAAGUAAUGUUUAUCUGUAAUAGGAAUGGAGAGCAUUAAGUUCAAGUGACGUGUGUCUGUAACAGGGAGGAUAAAAAGUAAAUUUUAAAUAAGCAUUUUAAGUCUUUGUUAUAAUAGAUGGACUGAUGGCACACCUGAAUUGUGAGAGUUGGGAUUUAUACCAGUUUUCAUUAUAGUGUUUAGAUUUGAAAUAUUUUCUAAAAUGGAAAUUGUAUGUAUGAAUGAAUUACUCGGUUUGCACUGGCUUAAUUAAGGUUUGUACUGUUAAACAUGUAAGUUUACCCAGUGCAUGAAGUGCCAUGAUUACGUAUUAAAAUAUUUUUUUCUAAAGUAAUUGAAUUCCUUUCGUGUUAUUACAACAGCAAUGAUAAUCAUCAUCAUUAUUAUUAUUUCAUUAUUAUUGUUAUUUUAAGAUUUUUGAAUGUUUACGGUUUUACAACCUUCGAAUAAUAUGAUGAUUUACAUCAAAUAUUUUCGCUUGGCUUAAUGACACUAUUGCGAAGUCCUUCUGUAUUUUGAAAUACAGUGAUUGUAUCCGCCAAUUUAAAGUAUUGCAAUGUGUUCAUUGUAUGCAACAUUACGUACUUUAUUUUCACCGGCAAAGGUUUAUUUAGGUGCUGAUAUUUUAUGAAUCCUCGACCCGUCUUUCAGAUAAUCUGAAUGAUAUUUUUGUAUGCCAUUAAAGUUAUCUUUAUAUGUUUAAAA